AUGCCGGGACCGAUCGAAGAGCAGGCCAGCACGGCCGUAGCAGCGCUGGCCGCGCGUCCGAAGCUGGCCGUGGCCGUGGAGAAGCCGACGCCCUACAGUUUUGACCUGGGCCUGCUGCUGGCCAACGACACGAACCCGGUGCGGAUCGACCGGACGGCGUCGACGGCCACGGUAGAGGCGCAGCUGGCCGCGGUGGCGCGCGACGGCGCGCAGGCGCUGAUCAACCAGCUGCUAACGACGUGUCGGGUCGAGCGGACGGCCAGCGACGGCGUGCUGCUCAGCCUGCCGCCGGUCACGACGGCGCUGCCGCGUGAGAAGCCGCUGCCGCAGCCGAAGCCGCCGACCCGCUGGGAACAGUUUGCCGCGCGCAAGGGCAUCAAGCCCAAGACGCGCGAGCAGCGCCGCAACAUCCAGUACGACGACAAGACCCAAACCUGGACGCCCAAAUGGGGCUUUGGCGGCGCCAACAAGACCAAGGACGGCCAGGCCGACUGGCUCGUCGAGGUCAAGGACUGGCAGAAGGACGCCGAUCACGCCGCCAAGGGCACCUCCGUCCGUGGCGACAGCCGCCGCGAACGCAAGGAACACGUCCGCCGCAACGACCGCCGCAUGCGCCGCAACGAGCUACACGCCGCCUCGGCCGCCGGGACCCGGUCAAAAAAGUAG